UAUUAAUCAAAAUAGAAUGGAUAAAUAUAAAAUAGGGAAGGUAUUAGGAGAUGGAACCUUUGGGUCAGUAUAUAAAGCAGUAGAUGAAACAACUGGUUAAAUUGUUGCAAUAAAGAAAAUGAAACAUAAAUAUAAUAAAUGGGAUGAAUGUAUAAAUCUUCCGGAAAUAAAAUCACUUUUGAAAUUACAUCAUCCAAACAUUGUAAAAUUAUACGAAAUAAUAAAAUAAAAUGAUGAAUUGCAUUUUGUAUUUGAAUUUAUGGAACGAAAUGUUUAUCACUUGAUGAAGGAUAGAUAAAAGCCUUUUAAUGAGAUCCAUAUUCGGAAUAUAAUUUAUUAGACUUUGCAAGGGUUGGCAUACAUGUAAAACGUUAUUAAUUAAAUAGGCAUAAAAUAGGUUACUUUCAUAGAGAUUUAAAACCUGAAAAUUUAUUAGAAUCUAAUGGUACAAUAAAAAUAGCAGAUUUUGGAUUAGCAAGAGAUAUUAGAUCAUCUCCUCCAUUUACAGAUUAUGUUUCUACAAGAUGGUAUCGAGCCCCAGAAGUAAUUUUAAGAUCUAAUGAAUAUAAUUCUCCUAUUGACAUAUUUGCUAUAGGUUGUAUAAUGGCAGAAUUAUACAGAUUAUGGCCUCUCUUUCCAGGGACUUGUGAUACAGAUUAAUUAUAAAAAAUUUGUGAAAUCAUGGGAACUCCUUCAGAAUAGGAUUGGCCUGAUGGUAUAUAUAUAAUUUAUUAUUAUUAUUAUUUAGGAUAUAAAUUAGCUGCUAAAAUAUAACAUCGAUUUCCAAGAAAUAUUUAACCUAAACCAUUAUCAUAAGUUAUUACUUAAGCAAGUGAUGAUGCUCUUGAUUUAAUCUCUUAAAUGCUUCGUUAUAAUCCAUUAAAAAGACCUAAUGCAAGCCAAGCUUUAGCUCAUCGUUAUUUUAUUGUUGCUCUACCUAUUCUUCCAUCUUUAGAUAAUAUUGAAUAAUAAUAGGAUUAAGAUUAUACCAACUUUUAAUAGGAUGACUAAUUAUAAGAUUAACGAUUUGGACCUUAGAAUUAAUAAAAUAUCUCCUUAUUUUAUAUGAAAAAUGCUAGAUAUAAACCUGGAUAUACUUGUAUAUUAGAAAGUGCUGAAGAUAAUUGA